ACCAGAAAGAGGGAGAGGGGAAGAAGUGCGGGAUAGAUCAAAGAAAGUUCAGUCUGUGAAAAUUGGCGGUUUGCGCUUGUUUGUAUGUGUGUGUGUGGUGUGUCUGGUGUAUGUGUGUCGGGUCUUUCUUGCCUCUGGCAUUGAAAGGUCCUGGUGUAGGUUACAGAUUGUGAAAUUUGUCUCACACAUGUCCGGGCUAGUAAAAAUGUUCAAAGUUUGCUGACUGCUCAGCAUAACUUGGUCAGACAGGACCAGGGAAACUGCAGUCCCAGCCAGGGAAGGAACUUUCACCUACACCGCAAGCAGAUGGAACCAGUCUCUCUCCCAGCGCUGUCCCGCGUCGCCCUCUGCGGCGGUACCCAUGGCAACGAGAUGUCGGGUGUGUACCUGGUGAGGGAGCUGCAGAGGCAGAAGCUGGAGAAGGCAGGGUCAGCGACCUUGACCACGGUCAUAUCCAACCCGCGUGCCGUCCAAGUGUGCAAAAGAUACACCGACACGGACCUCAACCGCUGUUUCACCGACGCCAUACUCAGUUCACCUGUGACGGACGCCACCCCGUACGAGGUGAGGCGAGCCCAGGAGCUGAACACUCUACUGGGGCCCAAGGGCAACGUGGGGGCCAUGGACCUGUUGUGUGACCUUCACAACACCACAGCCAACAUGGGCCUCAGCCUCAUCUCCUACUCUGUCCAAGACUGGGUCAUCAUGCACAUCUAUAGACAAAUCCAGAGGAAGAUAACCUCAGCGCCCGUGAGGUUUAUCGUGCUGGAUCUACCCCUAGCUGAUGCCUACUCUCAGGACUCCCUGGGCAAGCAUGGCUUCUCGAUAGAGGUGGGACCUCAACCCCAUGGUGUGGUCAGAGCCGACAUCUUCAACAUCAUGAAGGAGGCGGUCGACCAGACACUAGAUUGGGUCCAGUGCUUCAACUCAGGAUGUGCCUUUGAAGGUGGCGAGGUGGACAAUGUGUACACCUUUGUGAAGAGUGUAUACUACCCAAGAGACCCAGAGACCAAUCAAAUUGCUGCUGCCAUACAUCCCCAACUACAGGACCGUGACUUCUGCCUCCUCCAUCCGGGAGAUCCCAUGUUCCUGAUGUUUUCUGGGGAGAUACUUAAGUACGAAGGGGAAGAAGUCCUCCAUCCCUUCUUUGUGAACGAGUGUGCGUACUAUGAGAAGAGUAUUGCCUUCCACCUGGCACGAAAGAUGACAGUCACUAUACCCCCCUUGCAAGUGAAGAGAGAUUGAUGAAGGGAAAGGGGGAGGAACAAAGAGUUUAAAGAGUGAGAGAAUUAAAGAGAAAACACACACAGAACCUUAAGAAGCACUAACUAGUCUAACCUCAUUUUCAAUUGAUUUUUAAUUCCAUUGUUUUUUAUCAUCACCAAAUAACCUCAGGAAUACUGUAUGUGAAAUUAUGCACAGCUCAAUGCAAUAAUCUAGUAUGUCAAUUAAACAUUUCAAUUUUU